AUGACAUAUCAGUGUUACAUUUUACCAAAAGACGAUUUAAAUGAUUAUAUUAAUUAUGAAAAUAGUGAGGAUAAUGUUGAAUUAGAAUUGCAAAAUAUAAUGAAUGAACAGUAUAAAGAAUACAUAACAACUGAAGACUAUAUUAAUUGUAAUAACACUUACGAAAUUGAAGCAAUGCCUGGAUUAUCGCUGUUGUUUUAA